UCGUGUAAGUUGGUGGUGCGUGAGUGGAUUUCCCAUGGUUUGUUCGUGAGCGUGUGAGUGAGUGUAUUGGUUUCAUGUGGUUGGCUGAAAGUUCAAAACCACACCCCUGCAAGCCACGUCUCUGAUGUUCCCGCCCCUCCAAUAAGUCCCCACUCGAAGCCUCCUACAUUAUCUUCCACGUGAAGGCACGACCCGACCAUAUCGACACAAUACACCUGGGCGUAGAGACCCGGCAACUGCGAGAACCAUGGGGAACAGGGUGACAAGAACUGAUUUCGAGUGGGUUUAUACCGAACAGCCGCACACGGAGCGACGGAAGCAGAUACUGGCGAAGCACCCGGAGAUCAAGGAGCUCAUGGGGCCCGACCCACAGCUCAAGUGGGUGGUGUCCGCAAUGGUGCUGGUGCAGGUCCUCAUGCUCUACGUGGUGAGCGACCUCUCGUGGAAGUGGGUGAUGUUCUGGGCGUAUGGCCUAGGCGGCUGCAUCAACCACUCGCUCACGCUCGCCAUCCAUGACAUCUCGCACAACGCCGCCUUUGGCAACAAGAUGGCCCGCUGGAACCGCCUGUUCGGCAUGUUCGCCAACCUGCCCAUCGGCGUGCCAUACUCGGUGUCCUUCAAGAAGUACCACAUCGACCACCACCGCUACCUGGGCGGUGACGGCCUCGACGUCGACAUCCCCACGGACUUCGAGGGUUGGUUCUUCUGCACGCCAGCGCGCAAGCUUGUGUGGAUCAUCCUGCAGCCGCUGCUCUACACGCUGCGGCCCCUCUACGUCAACCCCAAGCCCAUGACCCAGAUGGAGAUGGUGAACGCGCUGGUGCAGUUCGUCUUCGACCUCGUCGUCUACAGCCUGUGGGGCCUCAAGCCCGUGGUGUUCAUGGUCGCCGGCACCAUCCUCUGCAUGGGUCUGCACCCCAUCUCGGGCCACUUCAUUGCCGAGCACUACAUGUUCCUCAAGGGCCACGAGACUGUGUCCUAUUAUGGGCCGCUCAACUGGAUCACCUUCAACGUGGGCUACCACAUGGAGCACCACGACUUUCCCAGCAUCCCCGGCAGCAAGCUGCCCCUCGUCAAGAAGAUGGCCCCGGAAUUCUACGAUCACCUGCCGCAGCACACCUCCUGGGUCAAAGUGCUUUGGGACUUUGUGUUCAACGACAAUUUCGGCCCAUACUCCCGCGUCAAGCGCAACUGCAAGAUGGUGAAAGGGGAAUGAGUCCUUCCGGUCCAGGCCCCUGGGAACUCGUCUGGACUUUUUUUUUUAUUCAUCCAUUCAUCCCUUUAAAAACCCAGGACCAGUAAAGCAACCACAAUAAAAAAAAAACCUAUGUAAAAAAAUGUAACGGACAACCAUCAACGAAACGAGGAGCUGCUGUCAGGUUUCCGAUGCUGAUAGCAUUUCCUCUGGCUGUGCUUUAAAAAAAAAUUAAGAUGUAAAAAAAUAAUAAUAGCGCUGGAUUACGCGGCGCUUUUGAAGUGCGUUGACCGGAAGACUCGUCUUAGUCGCGGCCCCAUGGUGCGAUCAACACGUGGCGCCGCGAUCGUUCGCUCAGAGCAGCGCUGGCGGUGUUCGGUGCGAGCAUUAGGACGUGUGCCGCUCACCCAUGGGUACGCGGGCAUGCACCCGUAUGGGUACGUGGGCACGCACCUGUAGCUACGCGCCGCUCACCCCCGUGGGUGCCUGCCGCUGCACAAUAACAUCGCCUCUCCCUCCUGCUUUGAAUUGGGGAGUAGCACAUCAGGUCCUGCCAGUACAGUACAAUGGCAAACGUUGCACGCGGUGCGGUCAGGUGGUGCGGGCGACAUUUUAUAUUCUUUGCCUGCGGCACCCCCCCCCCCUCACCUGGGUUUGCACCACGCUCACGCGCGAUUAAGCUCGUUAACUGAGCACCGCCGUUGUCCCAUGGCACGUCAAGCGUGGGGAGAGGAUGUCUCAACUCUGGCUGGCGGUAGCUGAGAGACGUAAAUGUUUCAGCCUGACUUGGGUUAUUCUUUUUGAAUUUUACAACAGUAGCUUGCGCCAGUUGCGAUCGUGUUGUGAGCGAUUGCUGGAUUUCUUUGGUUUAAUUUUUACGUUCAUAUUUUUGCGUGUUUUUUUUAUUUUAUCCCCUGGCUGUGGAGCUAAGCGUGUGUUGGCAGGGCUUCCUGUCCAUCCAGCCCAUCGGUGUGUUGCCAGAUUGUCCCGUGAGUCGCCACCUUGGUUCGCGAGUGCCAGCCAUUGCAUAAACGACGUAUGACGGCAUAAAGCACUGGGGCGUUGCAAGAAUAACAGGUUUGUCAAUCUCUGGUGGGUGUACGUUUACAGGAACGUGUUUGGCGAGAUGAGGGUUCCUCCCCUGCGAUGUCCAAUCCUGCACUUCAGGCGUGGUCUUGAUUGGCCACGUAACGAUUCAUCGUAGUCAUCAGCCGUGGUCAAUCAACUGCUUGAUAAAGGCGGCCUAUUCAAGCCGCCACCACCCGUCACAAACCCGCAAUAUUAAAUCAAUUGUUUUGCCUUAUAAUACGCACAAUUAAUCAUGCGCAUUGGAAUGUUUUUUAAAAAUAAUUUCUGAACAUUACGUGAUAAUAAUAAUAAACGCCAUGGUGAUGUUUACAAUCGGGCUAAUGGAGCAAACAAGACUGUGCAGGUAAAAAUAAAAAAAAACAUUCCCGUCUCGUAAACGUGAAACGAGAAAUAAAUAACUGUUGAAUAGAUUUCACCGCUCUGAACCUCGGCAAUUCACCGGGUGUUGAACAGUUGUACUACUCCCUUUCGCCAUGACCGGGGGCGGAUCGGAUCGAACUGAUACAAAAUGGCACAGACAAAGCGAGAGGGCAAAAAUACGAAACAAACCCAUCGAGUCAUAAAUUGUCACGACCACCAGUCGCGACGAUUCGUCGAACCCUCACUGUGUACGUUCCAAGAAAAUCGCUCUUCUAGUGUGGCGUUCAUGACGUCAGGUUAAACACCUUGACACGUGUGGCUGUGGCGUAACGGGGGUGCGGGCGGGCGGGGGGGGGGCGGUUAGAGGUGCCCCUCUCGAGCUGGGCGGGCGUGCGAGGCGCUCAGCGCGGUGCCGAGCGGGUCUUGCCAUCGCGGAAUGAGGCCCGCGCACCGUGCCCUUUUGUGACCUGUGCGCCUGACGGGGGGGAGGAACGGCGCGCGACUUCUGACGGCGGCGUCUUGCGUCUUUUUCUCUUCCCCGCCCCGCGCAAAGGCAGUAUUUUUUGUUCUUUUUAAAUUGCGAUACAGAGAAAGGUGGGCCUUCCUUUCGUCUUGACUUGUCGUCCUCCGGGCGGAUUACCUUGAUGCAUUCAUGCGGUGGAAUUUGCUGCAAAAGCUCGUUUAAAAAAAAUAAACGGGGCAAUUAACCAACCCAUUGUGUGGAGCUGUAGCUUCCACGCAGCCCGAGUUGCCACCGCUUUGGCUGUUUAAAUGUAAAAGGAAUAUAAUUUUAAGCCAUUCAUGUAAUUAAUCAAUAUUUAUAGGCUGAAUUUCAGCUUACUUACAUUAUACUGAGCUUACUCUGUAAAUUAGUCUCCGUACAAUUAAUGAAAUAACUUUUUGUAAAAACAGAACUUUGUAAAGAAGAAUGAGGUUUUUACACUUGAUUGGGCAGAUAUUACAUAAAUGAUUGCAACUCCUAUUUAUUUUGAUUUUUUUAAGCCAGAUGUAAUGUAUUUCUAUAUAUUUUUUUGAUGGUGUAAAGAACCUAUUUUGUUUUAACAUUUCCAAAUUUCUGCUUUCCGUGAAAAAAUUAGAUGCUCUCUACGUUGAAAUGAUGGCCUCGGGCUCUGACUCAACCUUGCGCAUAAACCAUUUCAUCUUUUUUUACAAUUCACGCGAAUUGUUAAUGACAUUCGGAAGGAAAGCUGUGGAAAGAAAACGGUCUUUAUAAUACUGUUCUGAUUCAUUACUUCUGUCUCGUACGACCACAAUCUUGGCCACUCACCAUGAGAUGCAGCUUUGUACCAUAUUUGUAUUUCUUCAUUUCAUCGACAUUUUCUCGUGCAUCCGAUGCGCACUUGACACUCUUUAAAGUGCAGCCCUUUUUAACAAGCAAAUUAACCAGUUAUAGAAUUAGAUAGCAAAUUAGACGUUUAAUGUGCAGGCAGCAACAUCACAAUAAUCUUAACACCCACGGCUUCUCAGACCUCCUUAAAUCGUAUUGCCCACCGCAGGUUGUUGUGUUUAGCAAUCAUCAGGCAUGUAAAAACGCAUCACGACUUGACAUGUAUUUAAAAUGGCAAUAUUGGUAAAAUUUGAAUGGGGCAGGGUGCGGAGGACUAGAGUCUUGAGAAACCCAAGUUUUAUAGAGUAGUGAAAACGGCUCGGCUAUAAUGGUUAAGCUCUCUAUAUAAUUUUCGUUGGUUGGUAGGGAAGUCCCUUGGCUCAAACACUGAGCUUCAUUGUUUGUCCCCUGGGGCAGAACCGUCCUUAAGAUACACGGCGAAUUGGGGCGACUGCCCCGGCCCCCGCACUCUGGUGGGGGGUGGGGUGGCGGGCCCGUGGUUCGAUCUCACGGUGUCAUACGUAAUACUUCUGAUUUAGUUUGAAGGUUUGGAGGGGGACCUGCACGAUGGGGUUUGCCCUGGGCCUCACACCCCCCCCCCCCCCCACCAACAACACCCAUGGACCGGCCCUGCCCUUGGGUGUGCGGAAUUUUGAGACGUGACCAUGAAGAUGCGACUCGCAAAAUUGUUUGAACGGCACGAUAGGGACCCCUCUAUUAAAUGUGUAAAAAAUGAAUAAAGUUUGUAAAGCGUGUUGGAAACACCGAAAGUCUGAGAAAGCUUAUAAUGUGUACGUAACGGAAACGCGAAAGUGGUGAAAAGUUACUUUUUAAAUGUAUAUAAUCUGAGAGAGCAUUGGGGUGGGAGGUUAUUCCCCACUUAUUAUUAAACGCGAGGGACAUAUGAUUCCAUGCAUUUUCACGAUUCGGGGAUUGCAAUUUGAUUUUCCUUUUGUCUUAACAUUGCCGGAGAGGUUAUGUGACCAAAUUACCAUCCAAUAUUCAACGAAUGGCUCUGAAAUGUCGAUGGCGACACGGGCAAUGUGAUGGCCGAAUCGUGAGCGUGAAAAAAAGAUUCCGAUGCCAAUCGAUGAAUCCACCGCAUUGUUACACCGCCUGUUAAUACAGGGCGAUCCAUUUAUAGACACCCUACCAAUUUCUAACGCUGCCUUACUAACUUCUCCACGGCCGUUUGAAUGAUGUACAUGAAGCAGGGAGGAUGUUAAAAUAUUCCAUUGCGUCAUAUUGCGAUUUGUUGGGAGACGUGUUGGCACAACCACAGGCCAACAUUGGCCCAACGUUGCGUGUUUGCUGGGUAGAGGCUUUGAAAUAAAUAACGUGCUUUCUCUUGUAACCCCCCCCCCCCAUUUUAUGGAGUAUCUAUAGAUGGAUCACUGUGUGUGAAGGGUGUAAGUAAGCACAUUGGGUUUUAAUGGGCGGGUGAAGGGGGGGUCUCUUCAAGUCGUGAUAUUUUCGUGGGUUUGGAGUCGCACCAGAGUCUCGCCCACUCGUAUGGCACAGAUGCUGUUGCCUCAUUGCCGUGUGCAAAGCACACAACAAUCGACGUACCACUUUUAACUUUAAUAAUAAUUAUAAUGCAAAAAUAAGAAUGAAAUAAUAAAAUGCAAUUGUACAUUUGACAUCGCCGCAUUAGAGCUGCUGCUGCUAUUGUUUGACGAUUAUUACUAUACACUUGGAAAAAUAUGAAUGUGCACGAUUAUAAAUUUCAAUAAAAGAAAUGUGAGCUUGUAUAACAAAAA